AUGCCCGCAGUCUCACCAAAAGGGCAGCCCACCAGCUUCCACCCUGGCUGGGACCCCAGGAAGGGCCAAGGCCUGGCCCUGAGAAAAGGUACUGAUGACAGGCCCGGGGUCCGCCGGGAGGCUGCGGGCAGACGCACCGGCGGCGGGCCAGUCUGCUUCCAGCCCGGCGACCGGGAGAGCACGCCCAGGGAGAAGCCGGGGCGCUCCUUCCCCCACCGCGGGCCGCUGGAGGGCGGGCCGCUGGGAGGCUGGCGCUGGCGCCGGGCACGCGGGGCAGGGGGUGCCCCGGGAGCAGCAGGGUCCUCCGGCCACCGGAAACCAGCCCCUGCCGGGGAGAACCGCCGCCCACAGGAGGAGGCCGCGCCCGACGACGCGGCCGCCGCCGCCGCGCUGCGCCUGGCGCUGGACCAGCUCUCGGGGCUGGGGCUGGGGGGCGCGGGCGGCCCGGACGAGGAGGGGGCGGUCGCGGGCGGCGGGGACGGCGCGGUUGCGGCGGCGGCGGGCGGCGCGGACGGCGGGGCGGCGGCGGAGCCCGCGCCCCUCGACGGGCCGGAGGCGGGCGCGCCCGCGGUGGUCGAGGCCGUGGCGCCGGGCUCGCUGGCGCUGCUGGAGCCCGACGUGAGCCCGCCGCCGCCGCCCCGGCAGUCGCCGCCCGACGUGUUCGCCGGCUUCGCGCCCCACCCCGCGGCCCUGGGCCCCCCGACGCUGCUGGCCGAGCAGAUGAGCGUGAUCGGCAGCCGCAAGAAGAGCGUGAACAUGACCGAGUGCGUGCCCGUGCCCAGCUCCGAGCACGUCGCCGAGAUCGUGGGUCGCCAGGGGUGCAAGAUCAAGGCUCUGCGUGCGAAGACAAACACGUACAUCAAGACGCCGGUGCGCGGGGAGGAGCCGGUGUUUAUCGUGACCGGCCGCAAGGAGGACGUGGAGAUGGCCAAGCGGGAGAUCCUGUCCGCCGCCGAGCACUUCUCCGUGAUCCGCGCCACGCGCAGCAAGGCCGGCGGGCUGCCGGGCACCGCACAGGGGCCGCCCAACCUGCCGGGACAGACCACCAUCCAGGUGCGCGUGCCCUACCGCGUGGUGGGGCUGGUGGUGGGGCCCAAGGGCGCCACGAUCAAGCGCAUCCAGCAGCGGACCCACACGUACAUCGUGACGCCCGGGCGCGACAAGGAGCCGGUGUUCGCCGUCACCGGCAUGCCCGAGAACGUGGACCGCGCGCGCGAGGAGAUCGAGGCGCACAUCACGCUGCGCACCGGCGCCUUCACCGACGCGGGCCCCGACAGUGACUUCCAUGCCAACGGCACCGACGUCUGUCUGGACCUGCUCGGAACGGCCGCCGGCCUCUGGGCCAAGGCCCCCAACCCCGGCCGGCGGCCCCCCGCGCCUGCAGCCGGCCUCCGCGGGGACGGGGCCCUGGGCGCCUCCGGGGGCCCCGAGGCCUUCUACGCGGGGGGCCGUGGGGGGCCGCCGGUGCCCGAUGCGGGCCCCGCCAGCCCCUAUGGAGGCUCGGGCAAUGGGGGCUUCACCUUUGGUGGGGACGGCCCGGGGGCCCCUUCGGGGCCGCCCGCCCCCGAGGACUGUGACUUUGGCUUCGACUUCCUGGCGCUGGACCUGACCGUGCCGGCCGCCGCCACAAUCUGGGCGCCCUUCGAGCGAGCUGCGCCGCUGCCCGCCUUCAGCAGCUGCUCGGCCGUCAACGGGGCCCCCGCGCCCCCCGCCCCCGGCGCCCGGCGCAGCAGCGGGGCCGGCACGCCGCGCCACUCGCCCACGCUGCCCGAGCCCGGGGGCCUGGCCCUGGAGCUCCCGCUGGCCCGCCGCGGCGCGCCCGACCCGGUGGGCGCCCUGGCCUGGCGGCCGGCGCAGGGCGCACUGUCGUCCUUCUCCGGCGGUGGCGCCGGCUUCCCCGCGGCCACUUCGCUGCCCAGCGGCUCCUCGGCCUCCGCGUGCCCCGCCCUGGACUCCGGCGCCCCCGAAGGCGGCCGCAAGCCCCCCGCGGCCGCACCGUCGGCCGCCCCGACCCCGACCCCGGCCGCGCCCGCUCCGGCCUCAGCGCGGGAGUGCGUGGUGUGCGCCGAGGGCGAGGUGAUGGCCGCGCUGGUCCCCUGCGGCCACAACCUCUUCUGCAUGGACUGCGCCGUCCGCAUCUGCGGCAAGAGCGAGCCCGAGUGCCCGGCCUGCCGCACGCCUGCCACCCAGGCCAUUCGCGUGGAGACGGCUGCCCGGCGGCACUCAGUCCCUAACAAAUAAACAGUAUUGAAUCGACAGGUUAAAAUAAAACAGAGAGAAAAGGUCUGUUUGCACUUUUUAUUUAAGACUCCCCGCCCGCCAGGGUGAUCUUUUUAAGGGGUAAAAAAUAUAUAUAUAUAGAUAUGAUUUUUACAACUCUCGGUUGUCCGUCUUUGGGACCUGGGUUUCUGACUCGAUGGCGCUGGCAUCGGAGGCCGCCGCAGCCUCUGUGAAUCCCCUCAAGGAGAAGGGCCACGUUUUUACUCCCUCUGCGGGCUGACCGGCUGCCCUUCCAAGUGUCGGCAGGGGACAGGCUGGAGGGGGCGGGGUGGGGGGCGGGGGGCCGACCAGAAAUUUCUAACUUUGUGUUUUUAAUUAUUAAUCUCCUUCUGUGGUUUCUGUUGUCAGUUUUUAAAUUUUUUUAAAUUGUGGUUUUUUUUUAAGCUUUUACUUUUUACCUCUGUGUAUAUGUAGGGAAUUUAUAGGGAAAUAUGUACUUUAUGGAAUAAAUUUUAAGAACUAAAAAUAUAUUUUAUUUUAAAUAAAGUAACGGACCUUUAAUCUUACACAGCUAAAUUACUGAUUAUAUAUUUGCUGAGCUGACUUAAGGGUUCAGAAAAUUGUAUCAAGAGUUUUAUUUUUUGACUUCAAAGCCUUCUUAAUAAAGUCUUUUUACUACAUGUGA